AUGGCUGGCCCAGCGCCGUCAACCGCCACCGUACUCGAGUUCCGCUGUCUCUUCACUCAUGACCUGCGCCGCAAGCAGAAGAGAUGGCAAGAUGGACGACUCAAGUACCACACCUUCAAUGCACGCGUCAUGGUCUAUGACGACCGCGGGAACUCGGUUGGGGACAUGCACUGGCAUGGCGAAUACGAUUUUGGCGAGGGCGAGGAGGUCCAACUUGAUCGCGGCGGCGUCAUAGUCCAGGUCGAAGACCUCGUGGAACGCAAGGAGACAGACCUGUCUGAGCUUGUCGAUAAGCGAGUCCAGGAGAAGCAGCAGCGCCAAAUGCAGCAGCUGGCCCGGUCACGAGCCUCCAGUGCCGGGCUUCCUCGCUCUCUGCCUCGUCCUGCAGCUGUUGCUCCAGACCGUCAUCAGCCGCCGCGACAUCAAGCUCUCCACCAUGUCAUCGGGACACCAACUGGCCACCACGGAAAGGCUUUGGUUCCAAAGGAGUCGCCAUUUGAGCAGAGGCAGCAAGCUGCUGCAUCCCCGGAUCAACGGACUGCCAAGAGGAGAAAGUACGAUGAGCCUCCUCCGAGCAAGAGCGGUUACGCAUCGGCAUUGUUUGGACAAGUUCUGACCCUCAGUGCUACGCCAUCAAAUCCGCCCCCUAAAAUCCGUCGGCCGAGGCCUGAAGCAGGAACAGGUCCACUUCCGGAGGCCGAUGCUCAGUAUUGUCGAGGGGAGCCAGAGCCAGCGAGGCGUGAGCAGCCGCAAUCGUCUCGGCGCCUCAACCACAGCGGGUACGCACAGUCGCUGUUCGGGCAAACCUUGACUUUGAGCCACACCCCCGUGAGCUCUGUGUCAUUGGCGCCUCAACUACACAACGAGUCGGUAUCGAACACAACGGUCGAUUGCAACGCAGGGGAAUCUCCACAGAUGCCGCGAAAUCCAGCACCACCACGGCUCAUUGCGCGUCAUCAACUUGACAAGUUUAGCACCAAAUCUGUGCCAGACUCGCUCGUCACUCAGAGUAGGGCUUGCAAGGCUGGCAACAGGCAGGCAAGGGGCAAGGACAAGGGCAGCGCUGACAUCGGCAAGUCCGAUUCGUAUGCAAGUCUGUCUCAGAAACACCCUGCAACGAAAUCCGUACAAACCAUUCCAGAACUCAUAGAUGUCAUCGAGAUCGAUGAUCCAGAUCCGAUUGCGCCCCCGCUUACUCAACACCCGGAGAGAGAGCAGAACACCCAAGCACGCUUACAGAGACCUGGGGGAAAUCCAAGCACUUCCGAGGUUGGGAGAAGGGAAACUCAUGGGCCUCCUGAAGAUCAGGCCCGCUCAACGAGACAGAAAAUAUCGGAGGCUGGCCAUCACGGCAAAUCCAAGAAGGCGAGCGGCAAUGAGCGAAACAACGGCCCCGACAAAGCUGUAGCCAGGGCCAACGGUAGGAACGCCAGCUCUGGGCCGACCGACACCACAGCUCGUGGAGUCGAUAGCCGCACCGCUGACGCGACGAGGGACCCAACCCUACCAGUCACCGAGCUCAGGAUCAAGUCCAGCAAAAAGCGAGGUCUUCUGAUGAUGUCCGACGCUUCAAAGCCCAAGAAGACGCGUCGAGAGGUCUCUGCAGAUGCAGCCAGAUCUUUCAAUGGGGUUUCAACCCACUCCCCGAGAGACUCCGAUGACGACGACCCAUUCCACCAGUCUUUAUCAACUCGCCUGCCAAGCAAGUUUGACCCCAACCACGGUGUUGAUGACUUAGCGAGAGCCUAUCCUAUGGUUUCUGACCGCCUGUCGAGUAAUGACGACAAAAAUGGUGACCUGGAAUACCCGCUUUUGAACCGCGAUGGGGAGUGGGAGAAAGGUCGAGUGCUAAGCGAGCUCAGGAAGGAAGCUGCGGUACGCACAAUUUCGACUGAACUUGGCGAAGACGAGGACCCUUUUCAGUCACAGUCACUGGCAGUCUCAGAACAGACGUAUGACAGAACCGAGUCAGCGACAAGGAACGCUGACCAACAAAUGGGGCAAGAGAGACUCGAGCAAGCGAAGGUCACCUCCCAGAAUGCGUUCCGUUCUGAAAUGUGCUUCGUGGAUCAUGGCGGGGGUGCGCCUGCUGAUAUCCUCCAGCCCACAAAGCGUUCAUUCUUGUUGCCAAGGGUGGAAUGCGACCCCUAUCAGAUCCCAUCUUCUCCGCGGGCGUCCAGUCCUGGGGCAUCAUCAUGUGCACAGAGGAAUGAACGCGAUCAUGACCACGGCGCUGGAGUUGGAGUACCCAGGUCGAUCGACAACAAUAAAAACCCGAGCACGGCCAAGAUACAAAGGCAGAGCCGGAGGAAAAUCAUUGCAGAUGAUGGUUGUAUUGACCCGGCCGCCUCGCUCCCCAGCAAUGCCGAUUUGGGUUCUGAUUCUGGAUUCGCUGCUGUUUCUUUGGUCUGUGACGAGGCUGCCAACAAACAGCUUCAGUCAAGCAAAUCCAUGAAGACUUGGGCCAAAGAUCCGCCCCCUACUGUCGCAUCUGGCGACGAAGGGUCAGCCAGACCUACGCGUAAAGUCAAAGGUUACCGAAAGAAUCUUGGCAUAGAGUCAGAGGAGGAUGGGCUGCCUUUAGUGCGGCACCAGUCAAGGCGACGAAGGCGACCUCAACCCAAAUCAAAUGAGCCCUCGCCUUUAUCAAGUGAACAAGAUGGCUCGGAAGAGGAGGAAAGUCCAAAGAAACGCCGCAAUACCAAGGCGUCCAAAGUCUCAGAGGAUCGGCCACGUCUGGAGAAGAUCAAGAAAAACGUCAAGAGCAGAGAGCUUGUUGGUCUCAACCUCGCUGCACUGAAUGCACCUCUCGGCCUUAGAGGGAUCGGGAUGCCAUUCAGUAUUCUGCCUUCGCCUAUGAAUGAGCCCGUUCAGACACGGUCUCCAGCUCGUGCUGUAGCGGAUGAGAACAGGAGUCCCGUGGUUGUCGAAAGCUGUGGUGAUCAAAUGCUACCAUCCUGUCCUAACUUCUCGGCCGCACCUCACAAACGGGACGCUCAGACGUCGAAAAGAGACGAAACGAGUUAUGUACCCCUUGAUUCCUCCGAUCCCGACGCGAACAGAAGCAAACCCCUCGGUGAGGAUGAUUUCAGCGCAUUGGUCGAGCCUGAUGCGCCAGCGUAUUUAAAUGUGCCUGAGAUCCGCGAUUUUGGUAGACCAGGCGGGCGGGUGGCCGACUCACAGAGCCCUACAAAAUGUCAAGACAAGCAAGCCGUGGGCCGAGCUCAGUCAUUAAAAAGUUCAAUACAUCCGGAACCUGUUCUCGGCAAGCCGAAUCCAGAAGCACAGCAAUGUCACGCCAUGAUGCCAGAGGACAUUGCGACCGUCAAGGCCGCUGAGCAGACCAUUCCAAGCCUGGAGAAAUCUGCACAAAACGGUUCUAUUCUCUCAAGACAGUCUUCGACAGUCGCAAAUCACACAAUUUUGGACGAAGUGACACUAGAGACCCCAUUGAAGACAGUGGCAAAUGCCCAGCAGCCGUCUGUGCCUGCACAGACUACCACUAUAGGGCAUGCAAUCAACACUGGCCCCUUGUUGCGAGACCAAAAUAAUGCGGAUGGUCAGCAGCCAUCAAACACCGAUCAGACGGCUCGAAGUGUGACGAAAGGCCAGCCAACGGAAUCAGUCGCAGCGGAUCAGCGUGCUAACAUGUCGACCAAAUCACAAGCAGUGACGUUGCUCAACCAAGAAAAGCCAAUCAAUCAGCAACAUUCGUCGAUACUUGAACCUGCCAAUGCAUCAAACACAGUCGAGAGCCAUCCAAAUGUUAAAGCGGACACUUUCAAGGCCCAAUUAGCCGUUGAUAAACCCAAAUUAGCCCUGUAUGGGCAUUCUUUGACCAGUGGCGACCAGGAACCCAUGACAUGUCAAAAGAUCAUGGGCAACGCAGACUCCGACAAGGUAUCUUCUCUCCCUGUUCGGUCACCCAAUUCCAUCGACCUCCGUCGUCAAGCCUCAACUCCACGGAGCAUCAACAAUAUUGGAGCGAAAUUGACACCACAGGCUCAAAAGACAGGAAGCUCGUCAACAGACGUGCAUGAAAAGCCGGCUUCCAAUGCGCGCCUUGCAAACCCAGCGUCUCGCGGCCGCAAAGCAGCACUGGCGUCACAUGCAGCGGGGCCAGUUCCGCAACGCAUGCUGCCGCCUACGCAGCCUACCACGAUGAUUCCAGUCUCUACGGCAGACCUCGCAGCGACGCAAAUCGAACAGGCUCCUGAAAAGCCCAAACGGCAGAAAAAGAAGAUGACCUUCCCUGGGUUUCAGUCUGCUAGGAGUGAUGGGCCUUGGAGUAGAGAGGCAUUCGAUUUGCUUGAGAGUGGUAAACCGGAGUAA